AGGCUACUGAGCCAAUCGGCUGGGAGUGGCGAGUGGGCAGGCGGCGGCUGCGCGACCCAGUGGAGUCGCGCGGCAUGGCGGGCGGGGCCCGGGAGGUCCUCACGUUGCAGUUGGGACACUUUGCGGGGUUCGUGGGAGCGCACUGGUGGAACCAGCAGGAUGCUGCGCUGCGCGAACCGACCGAUGCCAAGGAGACGCCCGGGGAGUUGUGCCCCGACGUCCUGUACCGGACCGGCCGAACGCUGCACGGCCAGGAGACCUACACGCCGAGGCUCAUCCUCAUGGAUCUGAAGGGUAGCCUGAAUUCCCUAAAACAAGAAGGUGGACUCUACAGGGACACACAGCGAGACGCUGCGAUAGCCUGGGAGGGGAAGCUCACCACACACACAGAGGAGCUCCAUCCGAAGAACUCUUACCUCCAGGACCUUCUGAGUGCAGAGGGAGUGCUGUGUAGUGAUGGUGUCUGGAGGGUCCAGUCCAUUCCCAGUGGCAAAGGUCCCGCCCCACUCACCACUGCUACACCUCCAAAGCCACGGAUCCCCACCGCGGGAAGCAUCCAAGUCUGGUCAGACUUCCUCAGAGUCCAUCUCCAUCCUCGGAGCAUCUGUAUGAUUCAGAAGUACAACCACGAUGGUGAAGCAAGUCGCCUGGAGGCUUUUGGCCAAGGGGAGAGCAUCCUGAAAGAACCCAGGUACCAGGAAGAACUGGAGGACAGGCUGCACUUCUACGUGGAGGAAUGUGAUUACCUGCAGGGCUUCCAGAUCCUGUGCGACCUACACGAUGGCUUCUCUGGGCUGGGCGCUAAGGCCUCAGAAUUGCUUCGAGAUGAGUACACGGGGCGAGGAAUAGUGACCUGGGGGCUGCUCCCUGGUCCCUACAGUCUUAGGGAGCCCCAGAAAAACAUCUACCGUCUCUUGAACACAGCCUUUGGUCUGGUGCAUCUGUCUGCUCACAGCUCCCUGGUCUGCCCCUUAUCCUUGGGCGGGAGCCUGGGGCUGCGACCUGAGCCCCCCGUCCACUUCCCGCACCUGCAUUAUGAUGCCACUCUGCCCUUCCACUGCAGUGCCAUCCUGGCCACAGCCCUGGACACAGUCACUGUGCCUUAUCGCCUGCGUUCCUCACCAGUUUCCAUGGUUCAUCUGGCUGACAUGCUGAACUUCUCUGGGAAAAAGGUGGUGACAGCAGGAGCAACCAUCCCCUUCCCCCUGGUUCCAAACCAGUCCCUUCCCGACGCCCUGGUGCAACUUGGAGGGGCCACGCCAUGGACCCCGCUGUCUGCAUGUGGGGACACUUCUGGAACACGCUGCUUUGCGCAGUCAGUGGUGCUGAGGGGUCUCAACAGAGCGUGCCACACCAGUCAGCUCCCCCCAGGGACACCUGUGUCCUCCGUGCUCCACGCGUGCACCACUGGGGAAGAAGUCCUGGCCCGGUACCUGGAGCAGCAGCAGCCUGGAGCCCGGAGCUCUUCCCAUCUGCUGUUGACGCCCUGCAAGGUGGCCCCUCCUUACCCCCACCUCUUCUCAAGCCUCAGCCAGCAGGGCUCGGUCCUGGACAGUCCCCCAACCGGGGCAGGUAUGUCUCCCCACCCUCUCCUCCACAGCAGUGGACAGCAUCCCCGUCCUUGGGGCUCUCUGCUCCUCUUCCUCCUUGGAUCGGACCCUGGGCAACUUGGCCAAAGAGCUCACCAAAGUGGACCUGCGGCGCUGGGCCAGCUUCAUGGAGGCUGGGGUGGAACAGGGGGACCUGGAGGAGCUGCUCCACGAGCUCCGCAGCCUGGCCCAGUGCUACCAGGGCGGGGACAGCCUUGUGAGCUGAAGUUCCGGAAGGGAAAGAGUGGGUGUACAAUAAAAGUGCGGAUGCAGGCGCUUGGUGUCUCGGGACUGGCUACAACCACACACACCUAUGACACAUAGGAACACUGCUCAGAUGACAGAACCACGAGUG